CUUACCAAGUUUCCCAUGGGCCUUGUCUUCUUCGCCUCUUCCACCUCUUCUUCUACGUCUUCUUGGGAGAGGUGAUCUGGUGAUAUUCGAUGUAAAGGAAAGAAGAGAUCUCUUCUUCUCAAGAAAGGAUUUCGGAUUCCGUGAGAAAACUUGCGGGGGCUGGUCACCCUCUCAUUUUCCAUUUCCAGUAUAAAAGAAAAAGAAAGAAGGGUUCUUUCUCUCUCAAGGUUCCUGUAUGUGAUCGGCAAAGGGAGAGCCUCGGGUUAUGCGUGCCUCGCACCGUCUCUUGCCAAGCGCCGCGCACUGCCCGGCAUCAAUACUUCAGUCAAUGGGCACUUCAUCCUGAGCCAUUCUUUCGGCAACGGCAAGGCCUUUUUCAGAGGUUCCCAGCGGCGGCUUCUCAGAGGUAAAUCUGCUCGGAGAAGAAGGGGGUUAUGGGCGCGUAAACCGCGGAGACCUUACCACCGGGAAAGAAGAGGUGGUGGCAGCGAAGCGACUGAAGGUGGGGGAGCGGACAGGGAGAGCGUGAGUUCCUGACUGGGGUUGAAAUAAUGAAGCCGAGUUCAUCACCAGUAUGCCGUGUCUUUGGUUUGGAUACUUCACGCACGAGUUGGUGCCUAACAACACCUUGGACUUCCACAUACAUGACUGGGGUUUGUUGUGGACUUCUUGACGCACUCGACAAUCGUCGGCAUCAUAAGUGGGGCUGCAAUUAUAAUAUGCCCGCAGCAGUCGAAGGGCCUCUUUCGACUGACUGGCUUCGCCGCCAAAACGGACGCGAUAUCCGUCUUGCAUGCCGUGUUGAAGAACCGAGACAAGCAAUGUCAACUCCACUUCCGGUCUCCUCGCUGUCUUCACCGGCAGGGACCAACACCACUGUGCCGCCUCUGGCCGCCACCACCACCUCGGCAUUUCCUCUACCGUCAGCUUCUUCCGGGUCCCCUCCGCGCACCAUAUCGGCAGAGGCGGUCGUGGUGCGGGUGGGGGUGGCGGUCGUGGUGGGGGUGGGCUUGCUGUUAAUACGUUUCAAGAAAAAGGGAUGGCGGCUUUGCUCCACAUCCUCUAGCAAUGAUCUCGGUGUCAGCGGGUCCCAUUUCCCUUUUGACGCUUUAGAGAAGUCGACUAAUGGCUUCUCAGGGGCAAAUCUACUUGGAGAAGGUAGUUUUGGGCACGUGUACCGCGGAGUCCUUUCGACCGGAAAAGAUGUAGCAGUGAAGCGACUGAAGGUAGGGAGCGUCCAGGGAGAACGUGAGUUUCUAACUGAGGUUGAAAUAAUAAGCCGAGUCCAUCACAAGCAUGUCGUGUCUUUGGUUGGAUACUGCACAACCGGGUCCGAGCGCAUCCUCGUGUACGAGUUGGUGCCUAACAAAACCUUGGCGUUCCACUUACAUGGAAAUCCCGUAAGCCAACAGCUAGCUAGCAAACCCUGGGAGAGCGAGUCCAAGACCCACGACUACAGUACUCCAGGAGAGGAACAACCGACCCUUAAUUGGCCAAGUAGACUGAAAAUAGCUUUGGGGGCUGCCGAAGGACUAGCAUAUCUUCAUGAGGGUUGUGAUCCUAUCAUCAUACAUCGGGAUAUCAAGGCAGCUAACAUACUUGUGGACCUUGAAUUCAAGGCAAAGAUUGCGGAUUUUGGACUCGCAAAAUUUACUCCUGAUGCAAAUAGUCAUGUGUCUAACAAUGUGAAGGGCACCAUUGGGUACCUUGAUCCAGAAUACCUUUCGAGUGGGAAUUCAACAGAAAAAUCGGACGUUUUCUCUUUCGGGGUCGUGCUCUUGGAGUUGAUUACUGGUCGCAGGGCUAUGAAUAUGGGCGUUAGUCUGGUUAAUUCGGUGAGGCCUCAGCUCACACGAUAUCUGGAAGAUGGAAAAUUCGACUCUCUUGUUGAUCCUGGGCUGCAGAAUUACGACCGCGUUGAGAUGGCUCGUAUGGUCCGAUGCGCUGCCGCUUGUGUGCUUCCUUCGGGGGAGUGUCGACCGAAGAUGAGUAAGAUUGUUCGAGCCCUCGAAGGAGAUCUGCCUCUUUCUGACCUUAUUGGUGGGAUGAAAUGUGGGCCGGGAAACCGCCAAACCCGGGGGCGGGGAUUGCUCAGACUGUGGUCAAGGCCUCGAAAAGUCCAAAAAGAUGCCAGAACACGGCAGCAGCCUGGCUCGAGCAGCGCGGGCCUUAGCCGCCCUAUAGCCCAAGAUCUGGAGAUGGGAAGGAUGUAGAGAGACAGUCAAGAUUUUCAGCGGAGGCUCUUGAACCUCCUUGUUUAUACACUUCACCGUGGAUAUUUUCAAGCAUUUACGUCGAGAAUUUGGUUAUUUGGGAUAAGUUUAUUUGGGAAUAUUUUUGUGCCAUGGCCUUGUCGAAGUUGAGAAUUUGGUUAUUUGGGAUUUAAGUUUAUUUUGGAGUACUUUCGCGACCCAACAUCGUAAAAAUCGUAGUUGAUCAAUGCGCUUGACUUCCUUGGUCGUAUGCUGAACUUAGACGUUGAUGUUCGUUCAUUUUGUGAGGGCGACUGCAUGUGAAGUUUUCUUGGAAGUCAAGAAUAAACAUCAAGAGCGUUUAACAA